AUGGAGGAGAAGUUAAAAAAGUUUUAUCUAUACUGUAUGCUGCCUCAAUUGGUAGAUCCAAGGAUACGCUACAUUAUUAAACGAAGAGGCGAGUUUCCGUACAACGACUUUUUUAAGCACUCCUCAAAGAGAUUGGACCAUUUGACAAGCCUUAAAAAGAAAAAGAUAAGAGCCAAUUGCUUUGACUUUAAAGACAAGUGUUUAUUCUGCGAGGUACCUGCUUCUACAGCAAGAGAGAAAAAGAAGAACGCUUCUCAAAAUAAGCAUUCCAUCAGAUUGAUUUCGGAGCCAGAAUUCAAGUCUCAGCUUGUAGCUGAGAUCACUGCUCAUAUUAAUAUUGAUAAAUACAAAGUGAUGUUAGACAGGAUUUCUGAGAUCAACCUGGUAGCAGUUGGUGCAAGAUAUCAUCAAGCCUGUCUAUUGGUAUUUUUUAAAUUACCUGAAAAACUUGCUACAGAGUCCAAACAGAUGGGACGUCCCAGGGACACAGAUAUUUCAGCACAGAUGAACAGAAUUGCUGAUUAUAUUCGAGAAACUGGGGAAGACAUUUAG